CAGCUGUGGAAAACGUUGCGUCAUCGGACCGAGACGUAUAUGACGUUGUCGUACACCAUUUUGGGCCUGGGCGAUACAAACUACAGCCACUUUAACCAGUUUGCCAAGGACCUUCACAGGCGCCUGCAGACCCUACAGGCGAGCUGCUUCCUAGAUGUGGGCUAUGCCGACGACGCGUUAGGCCUGGAGAAUGUGGUUGAACCAUGGAAGAAGACACUCUACGCACAUCUGACAAACUCCGUUGCGGCGCAAACUGUGAGCUCUACUUCGUCACUCACUUCACGCGCGAUGAGUGUUGCGGGGGUACCACCACAGCUCAGGUAG